UUUUUUCCAACAUGAAAUAGGCUUUUGUGUUUGCAAAGGGGUAAAGAGGCGGAAAAGAGAGAGGCUCUGAACUGGCUUCCAUGUCAUACACUUAAAUUCUCCAUAGAAACUCUGAUCUUAACGCGGAAACUUUAUUAAACCCUGAUGGUGGAUUGAUAAGACCGAAUUUCUCUCGGCUUGAUUUUAUUGUGGAGACCGGGGAGGGAUGACAGAGGUAAAUUGCUAUUUUAAUUAAAGCAAUGCACCAGAGGAAAUUGCUGUCUGAAUAUUGUCUCAGAGAUGGGGUUUGUGACAGUUGCCUGGAAACUUCAAUCUGUCCCACAUUUAUUCCAGAUCACAGUUAUAAGAUAAAGUUUAAUACAAAUCUUUGCCCGAAUGAAAUCCAACCCUUUCUUGAACAAACAGCUACAAUGAAACAGAACUGCGGAGGAAACGUUAUGUUUAACAUGUAUCUCUCAGAUCCAACAGAACAUCUGUUGAAAGAAAGCAAAAGUGGGUCCUGGAUUCCCUCAAAUACAGGGGCUCAAAAAGGUAGUGGACAGAUUCAGCUAUGGCAGUUUCUCCUCGAACUCCUGUCAGACAGCGCCAACAUGUCCUGCAUUACCUGGGAAGGGACGAACGGGGAAUUCAAGCUAAUUGACCCCGAUGAGGUGGCCCGGCGAUGGGGCGAGCGCAAAAGCAAGCCCAACAUGAACUACGACAAACUCAGCCGCGCAUUGCGGUACUACUACGACAAAAACAUCAUGACAAAGGUCCAUGGGAAGCGAUAUGCUUACAAGUUCGACUUUCACGGCUUGGCCCAGGUGUGUCAACCCUCAACAACAGAGCAAGCGCUUUAUAAAUUCCAGAGUAAUUUUGCCCCUAUUCCCUUUUCAGGGAUUUCCAAGCUAAGCCUCGUUGGUCCAGGCGUUGGUCCGUCCGGAUUCUCCUAUUGGCCGGGUUCGCCACCCACUCUCUACCACAGUCACAACCUCCAACCCCCGGGACCAUUUGGUGCUGUGUCCGCUUCGCACAUCAACUGUGUCAACAACAUCAACAAUCUGAAUAAUAUCAAUAACCACUACAAUUGACUACUAUUAAUCCACCAAUGAGGCCUAAUCAUAAUAAUCGAUGAUUGAUGUAAUUUAAAGCGUGCCUUUUUGGAUUAGGCCUAAUGAUGAUUUUUCCUUUCGAAAUGUUAUCUUGUGAACCCAAGACAUUGUCUGAUCCUAACAUGAUCCUGAUCCUAAUAUGCCAAGGUGCAAUUCAUUAAACAUUUUGUGCAAUAUUUCAAAUGUAAUAACAUGCGUUUUCAGAUAUGCUAUGUAUUUUAGACUAAACCCAGAUUAAGAACCCUUUUCUUUACAAAUUA